UCCGUUUGCGCCGAGUCUGUGCUGGCCGCGCGCCUGGCGCUCCACGCUGAGCCUCUCCGUGCAAUGAUUAACCCGGCGGGGCGGCCGGCGCGGGACCCAAGACGGAGGCGCGGGGCCGGGGCGGGAACCCGCAGGACCUCUCGGCUUCCUGCUCUCGCCGGAGUUUCCGCGUAGAGGGCGCAGCGCCGGCCCAGGGCCCUUGGCGCGGCGUGGCGCAGGGCGCGGCGUGGGGCGCGCGUGGGCGCGGCGCAGGCGGCCCGGGUCACCAUGAGGACUCUCCGCAGGUUGAAGUUCAUGAGUUCGCCCAGCCUCAGUGACCUGGGCAAGAGAGAGCCGGCCGCCGCCGCGGACGAGCGGGGCACGCAGCAGCGCCGGGCCUGCGCCAACGCCACCUGGAACAGCAUCCACAACGGGGUGAUCGCCGUCUUCCAGCGCAAGGGGCUGCCCGACCAGGAGCUCUUCAGCCUCAACGAGGGCGUCCGGCAGCUGCUGAAGACAGAGCUGGGGUCCUUCUUCACGGAGUACCUGCAGAACCAGCUGCUAACAAAAGGCAUGGUGAUCCUUCGGGACAAGAUUCGCUUCUACGAGGGGCCUGCACAGGGCCCUCAGCACUCGGAUAAAGAAAGAAAAGACGGACACCAGCCUGCGCCCACAGUGAGAACCCCAGAGUGGGAGCCAGCGUGGAGCCAAGGCUACUGCGGGGCCACUCGCCUGCAUCAGCCCCUGGUACUGCCAGGCUGGAGCCAAGGACAGAAGCUGCUGGACUCACUGGCAGAGACCUGGGACUUCUUCUUCAGUGACGUGCUACCCAUGCUGCAGGCCAUCUUCUACCCAGUGCAGGGCAAGGAGCCAUCGGUGCGCCAGCUGGCCCUGCUGCACUUCCGGAACGCCAUCACCCUCAGUGUGAAGCUAGAGGAUGCGCUGGCCCGGGCCCACGCCCGCGUGCCCCCUGCCAUCGUGCAGAUGCUGCUGGUGCUGCAGGGGGUACAUGAGUCCAGGGGCGUGACCGAGGACUACCUGCGCCUGGAGACGCUGGUCCAGAAGGUGGUGUCGCCAUACCUGGGCACCUAUGGCCUCCAGUCCAGCGAGGGGCCCUUCACCCAUUCCUGCAUCCUGGAAAAGCGCCUCCUCCGCCGCUCCCGCUCGGGGGACGUGCUGGCCAAGAACCCCGUGGUGCGCUCCAAGAGCUACAACACGCCUCUGCUGAACCCCGUGCAGGAGCACGAGGCGGAGGGCGCUGCGGCCGGCGGCACCAGCAUCCGCAGACACUCUGUGUCGGAGAUGACGUCCUGCCCCGAGCCUCAGGGCUUCUCUGAGCCGCCUGGCCAGGGCCCCACUGGGACCUUCAGGUCCUCCCCGGCGCCCCACUCGGGGCCCUGUCCCAGCAGACUGUACCCCACGACCCAGCCCCCUGAGCAGGGCUUGGAUCCCACCCACAGCUCCCUGCCCCGCUCCAGCCCGGAGAACCUGGUGGACCAGAUCCUGGAGUCCGUGGACUCGGAUUCUGAAGGGAUUUUCAUUGACUUUGGCCGGGGCCGGAGUUCUGGCAUGUCCGACUUGGAGGGCUCUGGGGGCCGGCAGAGUGUCGUGUGAGGCCUCACAGCUGGCCUUGAGUUUUUACUGACAUGUCCCCGUGUGCGGGGGUGUCCAUGUGGCGUGUGUGUGAGUGAGACUUUUUUACUGUGUCCCAUCCCGCCAGCCUUGUCGGCCUUGUCACUGGCCUCGGUCACUUUGUAUUUCUGUCUUGGCUGGAAAUACCAUCAGCCUUCCUUGCUCAGCCCAGGUCUGUUUCAGGCAUCUGAGUCGGCGUUACCUAGGGCCCGGGUCAGGGACAGGGGUCAGCCGCUCACUCCCAUGCUCCUCCUGCCCCAGCCCUCUGGUGUCCACACCUGCCCACAGGGAAUGUGAACCUGGUGGGCUCUGCCCACUCCGGGCCCCAGAGUGACCAGACUCCAGCACACCUGUCUCCUCCUGCCUGGGGUUGCCAUGGGGAUGGAAGGGGGUGGAAUAAAACCUGUCAACCUGG